UGCAUGGAAUCCAUUCAACUAUAUUAUUUGGAUUAAAUGUUUCUUUUUGACAUUUUUAUGUCCAGUUUGAAAAAUUUUCUUUUAAAUAAUUUCGAACACAAUGUUCACAAUAUAAUGUUGCUAAACAUUCAUCUUGACAAUUUACACAAAUUCUUUUUGUCCCUUCAUUAUAAAGAAUUUUAUAAUUAUCAUAAUCUUUAUUUAACAAUUUUAUUACUUCUGAUUUUUCAUCUUUUGUAAGAGUUUUAUCAGCAAGAACAGUUUGUUUUUUAAAUUCAUGUUCUUUAUCUAGAGAAUUAUGAAUAGUAGUAUCCAAUAAUGUAUAUGCUCUAUUAAGAGCAGCCCAAACGACAUCCUCUCGAAUAUCAG